ACAAAGAUUGGUAAAUGGCAGAUUUGUCAAAAUGUAUUUUCCGCCACCUGAACAAGACGAAUCCGCACAAAGUCAUAAGAAGGUAACACAGAAAAAAGCAAAUCGUAAACGAAAGAAAAAGUACGCUCGAAAGAACGCUCAGGUUGGUUUUAAAAAUAAGAAAAAACAGUGUAAAUUAGCAAACAGCAUGUCUGCUUGGGCUGAAAAUUUCACAGUCGCUGCUACAUGGCAAAUAAAACACCAACUAGCGUAUUGGAAAGCGCGAGCGAAAGCUUUAGAAUAUGAAAACGGUGUGUUACACGAGAUAAUACGGAAAAAGAACUAUGUUAAUUCGAGUACAGCCACAAGUUCAAAACAAGAAUCUGAAUCUGACUAUGAAGAAGAAUCUGAGGAAAAUGAAGAUGAGGAUGAGAAUGAGGACCUUGAAGUUAGCGAAGAGUUUAUACAGUUUCUCCAGGCUAAUGCUAAAUAUAAAGAGGAUGCCAGGAGGGAGAGAGAAAGAUUAAAAGCUGAAGCCUUAGCUAAAGAGAAUAGUUUUGAAAGACUAGAAGCUGUGCCUCCUGAGAACUCAGAAAAUAAUGAAGAAAAACUUAAAGAAUUAUAUGGUGAUAGAUGGGAGCGAAUAGCAGCUUUAGAAAUGUCAUUACAGUCACAAUUUAUCAAUGAAUGUGAUAAAGAGAAACCUAUGUAUUGGCCGAAUAUACCAUUUAAUUUUAAUUUUGGUUGAUUUUGCCAGUGUUUCUUAGAUGCUAUUAAAAUAUGUUUGAUCCUGUUUACUUUUUAACAAUAUCAACAAUAUGUGCUAUUAAUAUAAAACUUUUUAAAUAGUUUGAAGUUGAUGAGAAGCAUAAUCCAUUUUGAAAGACUGUUGAUUGCAUUGUUUAAUCACAACAUUAAAAAUGCUAUCAACAGGAUUCUAUGUAAUUUUUAAAUAAGUUAUAAUUCCAUUAAAUUAAGAGUGAAUGUGAUCUAACAAGCAAUAUUCAAGGUUGUAAAUAUUAGAUGUAUACACAUAAACAUUUGUUAAUAUUUUAUAAUAAUAUAUUACAGUUCUUAUACUAUUUUGUUUAAUUUAUCAAAACACUUGGAUUGUUUGACAGUUUUUCUCCCAAAUUCUAUUAUGUAUUUAUUACCUAUCAGAAUCUAUUCCACUAUUUUAUUUUAUAUAAUUGACAUAUAUUAUCAUAAAAGUAAUACUUGGUUAUAAUAUAUACCGAUGAAAUGAGUUUUAAGUAAAGAGUAGCAUAUUUGUAAUUUUACCUUUAUUAUAGUGUGAGUUCAAAUAUUCUGAACUAUGUGGACAUUGAGAUUUUGAUGUUUAUUGGUGUGAAUAAUUCGGCCACACAAUCAUUCUCUGAGGUCUCACAUUCAAUCCUGGUUGAGAAUAUGUAGAAAAUGAAUUGUUCUAUAAUAUUGUCUUGUUCAGAUUUCCAUAAUACAAAUACUACUUACUUUAGC